AUGGAGGGACAUUCGCCUGAAUCGUCGUCCGGCGGCGGAGGCAUGGUUCCGACAGCGGUGGCGAUCGACAGAGACAAGAACAGCCAACACGCCGUCAGAUGGGCCAUUGACAAUUUAAGGUUUAGGGAUAAGAAAAUCAUCCUCGUACAUAUUCGCACGGAAGAGGUCAUUCUACACGAUCUCGACAUUGCACACGCGUUGUCUGAAUAUAUUAGCGCCAACUCCAUCAAGACAAUAGUCCUCGGUGCUUCUAGCCGCAGUGCCAUAGCUAGGGCAUUCAGAAAUGCAGAUGUUCCAACUUCUGUAGGAAAAUACGCGCCCGAUUCUUGUUCGGUUUACGCCGUCUCGAAGGGAAAAGCAAUCAAAAUAAAAUCCGCUAGUGAACCCGUUACUCCCAUAUACGUGCCCGACAAUCCCUUCUCACCCGAUCGUAUCCCCACAAAUUCUCCAAAGUUGCGUCGACAGGGGAGUUGGAGAAGCGAGGUGUCCUCCUCCGAGGGAGGGUUCACCGCAUCGAGGCGGUCGCUCGACGGAAUCAAAAACGCGUUUUCUCCGGUCGGCAAUACGACGCCGUCGCCUCCGAACUCGGUGAGCAGCAAUGAAUCGCUCCACAACCACAUGUUCCCGUGGGAGAAGAAUCGCCGCGUCAGCCCCGAGUCGACUCAGUUCGGAGGCAGCAGCUUCGAUCUGCAGGACAAUUCCCGGUCGGGGGACGGCGAAUUCGGGCAGGCGGCGGCGAAUUCGAAUUCGAAAAGGCCUCAAGGAGGAAAGGUUUACGCCCUACAGCAGUCUGUGAAUUUCAUGAAUCUCCGGGGGAGAACCCUGGAGAGCUUCUCGCAGUAUUCGUCGGGUUCCAGCGAACAUUCCGAGUUGCAGAGUUUUCAAUCGGAUCUGUCGUACGAUCUUCUGGAUCAGCCCCGGAUUUCGGAUUCUUCUAGAAGCUCUACCUCCUCUGCAGCUGAAUUAGAGGAAGAGCUGAAGAGAAUGAAACUAGAGCUGAAGCAGAUCACUGAAAAGUACAAUGCAGCUUGUCAAGAAGCUGUAACUGCUAGAGAAAAGGUAAGAGACAUUGUCCAAUGGAAAUCGGAGGAGGCGAGUAAGCUAGCGGAAUCGAAGCACGCACAGGAAGCUGCAAUGGCGAUAGUGGACAAGGAGAAGCAAAAGUGCAAAGCUGCGGUGGGAAUAGCACAAAAGGCCCAACGGUUAGCCGAGCUCGAGUCCGAGAAGAGAAAGCGCGCCGAGAGGAAGUUCAAGAAGGAAUCCGAAGAGAAGCACAAGGCGAUGGAUGCGCUAGCGCGGUCCAUCGUUCGGUAUAGAAUGUACUCGAUCGAUGAAAUCGAAGUGUCGACGGAUUACUUCUCGAGUUCUAACAUGAUCGGGGAAGGGAGCUACGGCCCCGUUUAUAGAGCUACUAUAGAUCACACCCCCGUCGCCGUUAAAGUUCUUCGGUCGGAGAUAUCCGAAGGCCUUAAGCAAUUCAAUAUCGAGAUCGAGGUGUUGAGCCGAAUGAGACAUCCGAACAUGGUCAUUCUCUUAGGAGCAUGCCCUGAGUACGGUUGCUUAGUCUACGAGUACAUGGAGAACGGCAGCUUAGAGGACCGACUAUUCCGCAAGGAUGGCACGCCGCCCUUGCCGUGGAGCACCCGUUUCAAGAUCGCCGCCGAAAUCGCCACCGCCCUAAACUUCCUCCACCAAACAAGGCCCGAGCCGCUAGUCCACCGCGACCUCAAACCGGCCAACAUAUUACUAGACAAGAAUUACGUGAGCAAGAUCGGCGACGUGGGCCUCUCCCGCCUGGUGCCGCCCUCUGCCGCCGACGCCGUCACCCAGUACCGGAUGACUGCCGCUGCUGGAACUUUCUGCUACAUCGACCCCGAGUACCAACAGACGGCAAUGUUGGGAACCAAAUCGGACGUUUAUUCUUUGGGCGUGGUCCUUUUGCAAAUAAUCACAGCCAAGCCGCCCAUGGGGCUGGCCCACCUAGUGGAGCGGGCGAUUGAGACGGGGCGGUUCGCGGAUGUUCUUGAUCCGGCGGUGAGGGAUUGGCCGGUCGAUGAGGCGCUGGCGUUCGCUAGCCUGGCGCUGUCGUGCUGCGAGCUGAGGAGGCGGGACCGGCCGGACCUCGACACGGUGGUGCUGCCUCGGCUCGAGCGGUUGAGGGAUGUGGGGUUCCAGGUUCAGCCCGAGGGGAUGUUUUAUUACAUGUACUCGAAGGGGCAAAGUUUUCAAGAAUGCUCGUCUUCCUCUAGCCAGGAAACUAGGAACAAUUCUGAAACGCCGACGGGUAACUACAGCAGCACGAUCACGACAAACACAGAUAGUUCAACGAGGGACAGAAACGAGACUACGUGAACAUUAUUAAUAGCAAAAUCGGCGAGUUUGAAGUUGAUGAGUGGUUUUUGCAAAGUUUUUGUUUCACUCAGAGACAACUUGGUGGUUACUUAUUUUGUUUGUCAGCUAAUCUUAAAUGGGUUUUUUUAAAUUACAUGAUUUCCCACAUCAAAAUGUAUAAUGUAUGUAUAUUUAAGAUAUAGGUACAGACAGUACAUGCAAAUAAUUUUCUUGCAUAGUGUGUGUAUUCCAACAGUUUGAUGAGCAAAUAUGAUGAUGGCAUGUAGAGAGGGACAGGAAUUAUAUGUAUAACUUCAGUCUUUCUUUGCAGUUGCAUUUAAUAUAUUUUUUUGUUUAUUUAA